UUUAUAUUUAUACAAAAAUACUUACAUAUAAACGAUGGAUGAUGGAGAUGGACAUAGGCAUCAUAAGCAAUAUGUCCGGUGGAAUAAAUAUAGUGCGAUGGGCAAAAACGAAUAUCUUAAGUGCCCAGAGGUGGCCGCUAUUAACAUGGACUGUUUAUUUCCGUUUUUGCUAGACGAAGAGUUUGAAGCAGUGAGGAAGGGGGUGAAACCUUCGCAAAUUAAUCAGGCCCUCUCUCUAACAACUGAGGAACGCCUACAGGCAUUAAAAUCGCCUUUGAGGAAGUACAGACUUGGCAAGACGACUGAUAUAUUCGGCCUUUGCCCCGAAGCAGUCAUCUUUCAGAACUAUCAGAUUGGACAGGUUUACUCAACUCUCGUUUCAGUAACAAAUAGAACUGCGGUGACUCAGAAUUUAAACAUCUAUUUUGAAUCAUCGAGAUUUUUUGCUUUAUCCAUCGAAAAAAUGAACGGUAACAUGAGCCGGAUCGCACCAGGGAUGACGGUCCAUUUGAAGGUGUCGUUUUUGCCUACUGAUGUUUAUAGGGAUUAUGUCCAUCAGAUUAAAUUAAUUUCAAGCGAGUUCUGCUUCCAAAUACCAAUUUAUGGUUUGGGUCCAAGACCGAUCGUCUAUGUGCCAGAUAAAGUAAUCUUACCACCGACCUUAGUUAAAGUGGAGUCUUCGUCAACGAUUGUGCUCAAAAAUAACGGGGAGUGUCCGGUAGACUAUUCGAAAAUUGUAUCGGAACCAUUUUCGUGUAAUAUCGAAAAAGCUAUAGUACCACCCAAGGGUAUCUUAGAGAUUCGUUAUAGCAUAAACUCUGACAAAUGUGGUUUCAUAACUGGACAAGAUAAAACUUACCUUGACGGUGAAUUUUGUAUACUCAUAGAGCUUGAAUGCGAGGUGAAAAAUGUCCUAGCAGACCUUAACGCGCACAUAGUGACUUUUGAGGAUGUUUACAUUGGUUUAGGUGUCAGACAAAUUCUGACACUUCACAAUUCCAGUGAAUAUUCGCUAAACUUUGCAUGGAAAUCUAGCCAGCAGCGUGACGAAAAGCAGGAAACAUUAAAAUUAAUCGAUUUGAUGGAGGAAAUGAAAGAGUAUGAAGUAAAACGAUGCGAAAAGCUGAAGUAUUUUGAUAUCGUGGAUGAGGAGCAACACGCGAAUAUUUAUGAGCGAAUAUUUCAAGAUCAAGUAGAAGAGUUGUUACAAAAGUCUGCUUUUCUAUAUAAGUCCGAUUAUUUUGAGAUAAUUCCUAAGGUUGGCAAAAUUCAGCCCCAUACGAGUUUUGAAUUUUCAGUGAUUUUCGGACCGAAGCAAAACACAUUUUACUAUUCGAGCGCCUAUUUGGAUAUCGAAGGGGUAGAGAGAAGAGUCCGGGUUUCGUUGCAAGGGUAUGGCAUAGGACCCCCUGUCACUCUUAGUAUAAAAACGUUGAAGGCUGGACAAAUAUAUUUAACUGACAAGCAUCAAUAUGAGUUGGUAGUAAUAAAUAAAGGUGUGAUUCCAGCAACAGUGUCCUUCCAACCUAAACCAACUGAUUGGGGAGGAAAUUUAAAUUGCAUACCACACAGUUUGGUACUUGGGCCUAACUCAUCAAAGGCUUUUAUUGUAGUCUUCUCUUCAGAUAUCCAAGGAGACUUUAUAGAAACCUUGGAUUUUAUCGUUGAUGAAUCUGGUGAUCAUCUACAAUGUAUCAUUAGUGGAAAUGUCAUCUGUCCUCUACUGAAAUGUAUUCCUGAUGCUUUAAACUUUAAUACUAUUGCUGUUGGGGUCCGUAGUUGCAAAGAAUUAUAUCUUAUCAACGAGUCCAGAGUUAGUAUACGUUAUGAUAUAGAAUUUGAAGAUUUAACUGCAGUAGACGAACAGUACAUCGAUAUUGUACCUAGAUCAGGCACAGUGUUACCUUUAUCGGGAAUUAAAAUAAAGAUUUUCCUUUGUUGUGACGUUCAUUCAGAAUGGACAACCAACUUACUGGUAAUAAUGUGGAACUCUCGAUUAUAUUCCAAGAUAAUCUCGUUGAGUGCUAAAUGCGCCUGCCCAAAAAUUACCUGUGUACCCGAAGUGAUAACAAUAAAAUUUUGUUUUUUGGAUUGCAUAUACGAUAGAAGUAUAACGUUGAGCAACGAGAAUCAUUUGGCUGGAUUUAUUGAAUUUGUACCAUUGAAGGAAUCAGAAAACAAUCCUAUAGUUUGCAUCCCUGAAACAAGAAAAUUAUUCCUUGAGGCAGGCGUCCGCAUUGAGUUACCUUUACAAAUUAUCGUGAAGAAAUUAGGUCCACAAAUAUUACCCUUAAAUUUUUUAAUGACUGGCAGCGGAGUUCAAACACUAUGUACAAUCAAGUGUAAUGGCCAGGGCCCAGUAGUCUCUUACCUGCCUGAUCAAGUUUGCUUUGGAAAAAUACAGGUUCUUACAGAAGCAGAGCAAACACUGACGUUGGUUAAUGAUUCACCUAUAAUAGCAAAAUGUCGUGUUUAUUGUAAAAACAAUACCAUGUUUCGAAUAAAAGACGUCGAAGAUGAACUGCAAUUAAAUCCAGAAGAGCAAAUGGAGCUAACAAUAACAGCAUGCUUCAAUGCUCCCGGCUUAUAUAAAGACACGAUCAUGGUAAAUAUUUAUCACGGUGACGUGUGUAAUAUUAAGGUUAGCGGCGAAGGAGAUGGUACCUCUAUACAUUGCGAUCCGCCUUUAGUACCAGAGUUUAAUUUUGGAACCGUUUUAACAUUUAAAACUAUUACCAAGGAGAUAACUGUACAUAAUAAAGGGGUUGCUUUCCAUAAGCUGUUAUUUACCCAAAAGGAAAAUAUCAGAAGUAUGAAAGACACAGCGGUCACUCAGUUGAGGUCUCCAUUCACUAUAAAACCGUAUAUUCUGGAGCUGAACCCAAACGAAAAAGCGAAAAUCGAAAUAAAAUGCCAGUCGAAAAAAAGUACGAAGUUGAACGAGGAGUACUUUUGCUAUGCACAAAUAGGCAAGUCGGUGCAGGUCGUGCUUAUAAUGCGAUUCUUCUUGAAAGCGCAAUUUGUCGAUCCCACAGUUACGUUCUCGACUUACGAGCUACAGUUCAGGAUCGAUGUAAAGGGUAAUGUAGCUGAAGGCAUCACUGAAGAAAUCCUUACUUUACACAACACGACAGGCAUACCAAUGAACAUGAGAAUUUCUACUGACGAUGAAGACAACCAUUUUGCUAUAGUUCAAGAAAAUACUAAAAAGUCAAUCAAAGAUCUUGAUAAUGUAUCAAGUAUGGCAGUUAGAUUCACCCCUUCGGUGGGCUCCAAAAGGAAAUACGUUAAACAAGCCAAAUUAAUUUUUGAGUACGAGAGCCAUCCAAAAACAGAUAUCGUAAAUCUACAAGGAGCAGUGAUGUUUCCAACAUUAAAGUGGGUACCGUCGAAGAUUCUGUUCAAAUGCGUGCCAAUCGGAUCUACCGAACAGAAACAUUUGGUACUACAAAACAUCAGUUCGAUGCCUGCCCAUUUUCACUGUUUCUGGUUAGAACAGAGUAUUGAGAUAAUGGAUCUUCCACAGGUCCAGGAAAUAACUCCAAAAACUCUUAAAGUGAUCCACAAUACUGCCACUACCGAAUUCAUGCAUUACAUAGACCAAAAGAAAGUCGACGAUAACUGCGACGAAACUGAACGAAGCGAGAAUCAAUUGCAAGUACCGUCUCUAGUAAGUCGAGACGAGAUCGGUUCAGAAGGAAACGAACUCGCCAAAAUGAUUUAUUAUGGUUCUACGAAAUAUAAGAAUGAAAUGAGGAAAAUAUUGGGCAACAUUUUAACACCCUAUAGGCGAAGGAGUAACACGCAGAUGACUCCAUCUCGGUUGCAAAUAAAACCUGAUAAUAAUAUUACCAAGUGGUUCUCCAUGGAACCUAGUGAAGGUAUAUUAAACCCUUAUGAAUAUACUAUUGUGACUAUUGGAUUUAGUCCUCCUCCAAACACACAAGUAAGCGCUACAGCUAUAUGCAGGGUAGAAGGUGGAGAGGAAGAGCGUUUAUUAGUCUCAGGAAAAUCUUCUAAACUGUCUUAUAGAUUAGAUCGGAGCUGUGUGAAUUAUGGCAAUCAAAUAUUUUGCGAGGUUUGUACAGGCCAGUUAACUUUAUCGAACAACGGCUUAUGUGGCAUAAAGUUUUCCGUGGUAAUGGAAGAAUUUGCUACCAUGCAAGAGGAAAUGUUAGAUGUUUCCCCGAAAAUUGGAAAAAUCUCUCCGGGGGAGAGUAUCACUUUUAAAGUUGACUAUUUUGCCGGACUUCCUGGAUACUUUAAUAAAUCGUUUACAUUAGAGAUUGGAUAUCUAGAACCAGUAACUAUAUGUGUCACAGGUUACGCAGUACUUAGCCAAGUUUAUCUUUGCGUUCCAAGGCUAGAAAUGAACCUCACAGAAGAAGAAAGUUACACGGCAGUAUCCUGGAUAACUCCAGAGUAUCUGCAAUAUGUAAUGCAGAAAACUACUGAAGUUUCGGACGAGCCAGAUGAUCCUAGAGACUUUUUAGACGAAAACGACUGGGUUUAUAUUUCAUAUAAUGACCCUUAUCCAAGCCUAAUGGAUAUAAAUAUGGCUAUGGAACGCUUAGCGGCUUGGAAUUUGAUCAAGAAAAACCCGAAAUUACUUAGACAGCACACGAUCCAGAGAAAGGUAGCAUACAUACCAGAAUUCUUCCCUUCCGCUUAUCUCGUAGACUUUGGGUAUGUGAUUAGAGAUUUGCCGGUAUGCUACACUGUAAUGAUUUACAAUUACGGCCCUGUAAAGGCGGACGUAAAGCUACUGGAGGACAACAAAACUGCUUUGGUCGAAAAAGAGAUAAAAAUAGAGUUCAGGAAUGGGAACUUACAACCUGGAGAAUCAACGGCGUUAUACGUAAUCUUUGCCCCAACCAAACGCAGAUGUACUAAAAUCAAUCAAAUAGUGGCGGAUAAGUUUAAACUGUGUGUGAGGCACGGGCCUAUUAUUACCGUUGAAGUAACUGCAACAGUGACUUUACCCGUUUUGAUGUUAGAUCAUGAGGAAUUGAUCUUUGAUCAAGUUUAUUGCGGAGAUGCUUUGAGAAGGUCCAUUGUUUUAACAAAUAAUGGUAACGUAAAGAGCAAAUGGCACGCCACCAUUUCAAAAGGCACCAAAAAAACCGAGGACACGACCUUCUUCAUCUUCCCUAGCGACGGCGAGUUGGACCCAGGUGAACAGGCUCAUCUAAAUAUUUACUUUGUACCAUCAAAUACGAACGAGGUUAAUAAAAUGCUGAAUAUCGACAUUGAAUUCAACAACAAAGGAGUGUUUUUACGUUUGAUUGGCCGUGGUCUGGAUUCGAAUCUAGUCCUUACACCGACCACCCUUCAAUUCCCCCCGGUACUUAGCUAUUCGAAUCACGUUAUGAGUUUUACUGUGCAAAAUUUAACGGAAACGCCUAUAGAGUUUUAUUUUCCCAGUAUGAAUAGCGAAACCGAUCAAGAAAAGAACAUUCUUCAAGCUUAUUUAAAAUACAAAAACCUAAAGCAAGUAUUCUAUCCUUUAAUAAAAGCAGGAAGCGGCCUUCCCGAACAUUUUAAAGAAACCUAUAACGUCUUACUUGAAAAGCUGAGGAAUAGUUUAAUGUUGAAACAGAAGAGGCAAUUAAGUGCUGGAAGUAGCGCAGGAAUAAGAGAGCCUAGUCGUAAAUCAUCAGAUACCACAUUUGAAAAAAGAUCUAUAGUCAGCUUUCAAGACCCGCUUGGAAAGUUCAGUUUCAGGGAGUUACAUGAUCUACUUAUGGAUUACCUAAUAGAAGAUGAUUUCGAUCGCCAGGAAUUUGAUGGCAAAACAGCACCCGGAACUAUACAAUAUAGGCUCGAGGAUUCGUCAGAUACAAUUGAAAUUAUUGAACCUCCUCCUAAGCCGGAAAGUGAAGAAGUAGAAGAACGUAAAGGAAUACUUUUUGUGUUUCAUGGGGCACCUCUGACAGAUUUUUAUGGGGCAGCCAACCAAGUAAGCAUUGCCCUUAAAAUUCCGCGUUACAGCAUUGACCGGUUAAUAGUGGAGACCAUUAUUGAAGACGAGACGUCUCCAGUAGCUAAAAAGAUUUUGGAAACCAUAGAAGAUGCAUUUACGAAUCUAAUAAAUCCUAAGACCGAUGGAGAGUUUAUAAGUUCCUUAGAAAAAGAAAAUAGUAAAUUUGAUGAAAUUUGGGAAAAAAUUAUAUUUAUUACCUCCCGGAAGUCAUCAAAGGGCAGUAAAAGGUCUGCUCCAAAAGAAAAAAGCAGUAAAGCAUCAUCAGAAAAAAGCAAUGCAGGAAAAAAUAACAACAAACAAAUAAGUGACUGUUUCUUAAAUCUCAAUUCGGACUGCCUCGCCGAACUACUUAGACCUAAAUUUAAGGCCAUUCCUCAAAUGGUAAUCGAGAGUCUUAACAGCGUUUUCAUUCCACGUGAAAACGUUGCUUUUUAUACAGUUUUAAAGGCAGCAGGAUAUAUGUUAUCUAUACAUUUGGUUUUAUUCUCCGAAACAGUAUCGGAUUUCGUUAAGAACGAGUGUGUUAAGUUGCAAGCCGCUCUAGACGCAGCCUCGGAAGAAAAAAAACUCGUUACAGAUCAGUUACCUGAAAGUGCUAGUGAACCUGUAAAAGGAGAUAAGAGGAGCUCUAGGGCAGGCUCUGUAAAAACGACGAAAACCGGAAGUCCUAGGAAAGGACCCGAUUUAAAUAAAAAAGCUUUACAAAGCCUAAAUAAAGCAUUAAAGGCGGAGCUGGAAGCCUUUGAGAGACUAAAGGCGGAACUUAUUCACGCAUCUCAAUAUUGGGAUAAAAAGAAUCUUACUCUAAAAAAACCCUUUUCCAACCCUGGCGGAACGAAAAAGGAUAGCCCUAAAGGUUCUGCAAAGGCCGGAAGGAAUAGUGUGAAGAAAGUCCACUCAUCAUCUCAGUUUUUGUUCGAUACUAGUGUUGACUCUGGCCUCAAUUUAUGGCUUCUUUUAAAUAGUAGCAACAACAGAUCGAUAAACUAUCCAGAAAUGAUUAGAAACUGUCUUAGCCAGGACACAGAAAUUCAAGAAGCUAUUGAAAAAAUCGUUGAAGAUCAAAAAGUAAAACUGGAAGAGUUUGUAACCUAUUUUUCUGUUCUAUCGAAACCGCCCCGAAGAAAAAAUGAAAUUUCAGAUACAUUUUGCAUUAGGGAUUAUAUAGAGCCUAAUCAAAGCUUGACCGGAUUGGCUUUUAAAGGCCGUAGCAAGUCAGGAUCUUCACUAUUAGCCAAAGCAAAGAAGAAACGUAGCUCCAAAGCCUCAAGGAAAAGCGAGCAAAUUAUCAAAACUACCAGAGAAGCUUCCACCGUUUCAAGUUACUCCUUUGACUUUACCCCAAAAAUGAUCUUGAUGCCCGGGAAUACGGCCCAAUAUCUUGUCAAGUUUAACCCGAAGAAAAGGGGCAUUUUUUCCUACACCUACACUUUAGAAUCUUUCAAAAACAAACGUGCUUAUAGCGUAAAGUGUCAGGCAGUUUGUGAAUUACCUAAGCUGGACACCGCUCCGGAAACUAUGUUUCCUAGAGUUCUGGAAACUUACCGGGAAAAAGCCGCAUAUGAUCAUUAUAUUUAUAUUCGGGACAAGCGAACGUUUGAUUUCGGCACAAUAAUUGCUGGAUCUUCCCCAGACAAAUGUUUACUUUACAGUACCUCCAUCGUUCUCCGGAACGCCUCCUCGACAACCUGUGAAGUAAAAGCUAGCUUAAGCAACGAUAUAUUUUGUAUUGAACCUACUAAUUUCACAAUAGCACCUGAAAGAGAAGAUUACUUGCGAAUAUCCGUAAAGUCUUCUAAAACGGGCAAUUUUAUAGCGAAAAUGUAUAUCUCGAUUAAAGACAAUCCGGAAGUAGAGGAGUAUAGUUUGACGUGUUCAGCUUGUAAAAUGGAGUUUAGCAUAUAUCCUAAAACUGUCUAUUUUGAAAAGGUUCCAGUAAGUUUCUCAGCAAAAAGAUCAGUAAGACUAACUAACAGCACUUCGAUCAAUUUACGGUGGGAAUUCGUAGAUUCCAGUUGGAUCAAAGAAGUGUUCAAUAUAUGUUACGAUUCAGGGCAUGUUCCUCUAUACUCAAUCACUGAUAUUGCUUUCCGGUUUAAUCCUACUGAAGAAAUGACUUUUCCUAAACGAAAUAUACCUAUCAGGGUAUAUGACGUGAAUAGCACAACCAUCGAACCAUGUUUUGUGGAUAAUAUUGUUAUUCAUGCAGAUUCUGUGGAAUACAAUCUGGACCUUGAUGAUCAUAUAGAUUAUGGAGAUAUUAAAGGAGGCGUAGAAUAUAAAAAUCAUUUUUCUAUAUUUAAUAGAGGCAAAUGCGAUAUCGCUCUUAACACCGAACUGAUCAUAAACCCCUUGGAAGAACAGAACUUUGUUAGGGAGUAUUUUAGGAUUCAACCAACGGUGCUCGUAAUAGGGGCACAAAAAACAGAACUUUUAAACAUCGUGUUUCAUCCGAAAAGUAAUUUUUCCGUGUCAAGAUUGUUGUUAUUUGUUGUGAACAUGCUGGAAAGCUUCCAGAGCGGCCAUAUUGUGAAAACUUAUAAGGUGUUUAUUAGUGCUACUUCUUUCAUGCCCAGCUAUAAACUGUGCCCCCAAUCAGCAGUCAAUUUUGGACACGUUCCUUUAUCAGAGUCAAAACAGCUGCGGCUAGAAUUAAGCAAUCGAGGAAAGUUUCCUUUUAAUUUUUCAAUUAUUAACUAUGGCAAGUUAUUAGAGUCCGGCAGCAAAAAAGGUGGAAAGGGCUCUGAAGGUUCCGGUAAGAAAAAGCCAAAAUCUGCAGAUAAAAACGACCUUUCCGAGAAGAACGCCAAAGGCUCCGCCAAAAAGGGCAAACCUGAUAAGGGGACUAAAACUAAAUCGGAAACAAGCAAAGCUACAUCAAAAACAGAUAAAAAGAAGCCUACAAAGGCCACCAGGUUGGAUCUAGGCAGAUUCUCAUUGGUGCCAGCUAGUGGCACAGUGGAACCAGGCCACUCAUUCAUAACAGACAUCGAAUUCCGCCCUAACGAACUAAAAGACUAUAAAGAAGAAAUCCUAAUCAAUAUUUUAGAAAUAGAGGACAUCAGUCAGAAGAAGAUAAUAACUUUAAAGGGAAUCGGUUGCGAGGCCAAGAUCAACUUGUUCGACGUCGACAACGUGUUUACGGAACAGUAUUUGGUUACCAAGAUUGAUGAUUUUGUGCUUCCUAAAAAUGUCGAUGGAGUCUGCGUUUUUUCCUCCUCGGAGUUUUGCCUAUAUUUUAUGUUGGUGUGCAUUAACACCUCGUUUACCACCAGGUUAUAUUUUAAAAAUAUCGGAUUUGUAACCUCACAAAUUACGACCAAGACGGACGAUGGAAAUAAGCAUUUUUUCUCGAGCCCUUCGAGUACGACUGUGAUCGAACCGCAUUCUACAAACUACGUGGAAGUUUCUUUUAGUCCCAAAACCCUAGAGGUAGUAAAUGGUACCUUAGAAAUAUCUUAUAACGCCUCCAAAGAUAACAAACUAAUAAUUCAACUGCACGGUCAAGCGUGCGUUCCCCAAAUAAAGCUUUUGAAUCCAAAAGCUGACGAAAAUGACGUGGCACAUCUGGAUUUUGGUCCGGUAUGUGUCGGAUAUAGCAAGCAAGAUCAAAUAGCUUUUAAAAAUGUCGGCUUGAUAAAAUGCAAAGUUAUUGCGGAAGUAUCUCGUCCAGAUGUUGUGGCUCUCGUACCCACCUCGGAUACUAAGAAAAUGCUUAACCUACAAGAAGAGGAUUAUAAUACGGCUCAUAUUAUGGUAAAUUUGUUGCUGGAUGAUAUAGCCCACUUUCAUAUCAUUUAUAAGCCCAAAAUAGAAGAAAGCUGUCAAACUUUACUAAGUUUGCACACAAUUCGAAACCCUUACGAAAUGUUUAAGAUUCAAAUUUCUGGAUUAAGCUACGACAAUAAUGUUAUAAUAGAAAAUCUAGAAGCUGUUCAGGUUCAGUCAAGUCAAGUGAAACUAUCUAACACUUCCCUUGUAUCUAAGAGCCCCAUUGGGUAUUUAUUAAAUAUGGGGUUCAGGCAAUUAAACAGACUUUCAAAGAUCUCCUUUAUCAUACGAAACAGAUCGAAAUCAGACAUUUAUAAAUUUCGAUUUUACUGUCACACGGUCACGUUUAUACCAGAACUGGGUCAUUUGAAGCCUAAUUCUUUUAAAGAAGUAUUAGUGGUUUUUAGGACUUCAACACCGAUAAUAGUUGAUAGGGAAGAAAUCACUUGCACCAUUAACAAAAUCGAAUACACAAAUCCUGACAAGAAGGCUCUAUCCUGGGACGAUAGACAAAAGUUAACCUACUAUGUAGAAAGUUAUGAGAACUCUUCAGAUAGCUUGGAAGCAUCUACAAAAUACAGCAAUACCGACAAUAGAUCCAAAUCUAUGGAUUUCUCCUCUGCUAUACCGAUAACUAAAGCGAUAAUAGAAGGAUCGGAGCCAGAACAUACGACUGAUAUAAAAAGUCAAAUUAUUGUACCAAUUUACUUGUCAAUUAUGGCUGAUUAUUGUAAAUAUUAUUGUGAGACCAAUACCAUUCAGUUGGCCGAUACAUAUGUUAAUGAGGAGAGCUUUGAAAGUUUUAACUUGGAAAACAGAGGAACAGUCCCGCUAACAGUAACCUGGACUAUCAUCAACAAGAAUUCUAUUAUACCUUUGAAAAGGUCUAAUUCAGCAAAACUUUCUCCGUCAAUUUAUUUGUCAGAUUUUGUGACAUUUAAAAGCUCAAGUUCAUUAAGCUUAAUGUCCCAUGGUAGUAAUGACGCGCAAGAAUCGUAUUCAGCGAUUACAAUCGAUCCAGAGAUCGACACUAUUAGGCCAGGGGAGCAAAAAACCUUCAGCAUCCAUUUUAGACCGGAAACUCAUGGAAUGUUCGAGGGCAUUAUAAAGUCGAGCAUUCCAGAACUCGAUCCUAGAUUUCAGGAAUUGGAAAUUGAUAUUAGGGCACAAGCUUUGCCUAUUCAGUUUUAUUUUCAACUAGAGAAUGGAGUAUCGACUAAUAAAAAUGUCAAUCUAACCUUCCAGAAUGUUGGAGUAUCUACUGAAAGUAUAAGGAGAUUAUUACUAGUGAACACAAGUGAAAAGCAAGUGAAUUUCAAAAUUGUGGCCAAAGAAAGAAAAGAGUUCUCUUAUUUUAUUUGCGAUUCCCCCAAGGGACACAUUAAUAAAAGUAAAAAGUGCGUUGUCUCAUUUACCUUUCGCCCUCCGGUAUUCGGAACAUUUAAGGAAGAAUAUUGCUUGCAUAUUCCCGAAACGAAUAUUAACAAAUUAAUUUUUCUGGAAGGAGUUUGCCAAGAACCCAAGGUUUAUUUUACAGAAACGAAUAUUCCUAUGAAGCCAACAGUGCAGAAAGUUAAAACUUCGCGAACAAUUAAUUUACGAAAUGACGAAGAUUCUCACAUUUCCUUUAAGUUUAUUAAAAAGUCUUUAUAUUCAGAAAGUCAGCAGGAGAAGCUUGACGUGUUCCCGAUUGUUGGGAGGCUAAAACCUCACAGCAACAAUGAAAUAAAGCUCUCUUUUACCUCAAAAAAUAUAGUAACAACAAAUUUUCACGUGAGAUGCCUAAUAGAGAAAUUAAAACUACCAUUGAGUUUGCACGUGUCGGCGUGUUGUCUCAAAAUCGAGCCAAUCGUUUCCCUUAUUGAUAAAACUGGUGUAAAAGUCACUUUAUUUGAAGACAAAGUGAACAUCGUAGACUUGGGUUAUACCUACAAAGGACGAACAGACCCAAUACGAUUUGACAUUUCCAAUCGUGGCAAAACGGGAAUGUUUUACACUUGGGAGUUUGAUCUCAAACCGGUUGCACAUUUAUUUCAUAUCAGUGUCGAUCCAGAGAAGCAUUUCUUGAAAAGUGGGGAGAACAUCGUUACUUAUCUUAAGGUUAUUCCGUUGAGGAAUGGGCAGUUAAAGCAGUUCAGGAUUGCUCUCAAUAUUAUGUAUGGUCCCACUUACACAAUCCAUCUCAAUGCUAUAGCCGACAAGCCAAGCUACUCAUUUUCAUUUAAUUCCUAUGAUUUUGGAUAUUGCAUGACCCAAACUGGUGAAACCAAUUACUACAAUACCACUUUAAUUUUCAAAAACCUUGAUAACAAGGUUAAUUUACUAGAGAAUCUGUUCGAAAAAACUGAAUACUUGAACGUGGAUUUUGGUUCGAGUGCUGUCCCACCCGGGGAAUCCCGAAAUAUACCCAUACAAUUCUAUCCUCAAAAAGAGGGUCACUACAAAACAGAUAUAGUUCUCUUAGUUGGAGGUAUCAGGGAGCUGAUUCCAAUCAAAGGGCAAGCAGUGAACGUAAAAAUUGAACUAUGUAACCCCAAAGAUAAAUUCAUCAAUUUCGGAGAAGUUCUUACGCAUACCGUCAAAAAGUAUAGGCUGGGUGUAAUAAACAAUUCUCCUGCAAAGAUCGAAGUACAUUUUGAUAUUUAUGAUAAUUUGAUUAUUCACACGAGAAAGGUCGAGAAAAUUCCCAAGCCUUCCAUAAAAAUGCCUGUAUUACCUCCACCGCCACCCAAGGAGAGUAAAAAGGGCAAAGGAGAGAAAGGUCAAAAACCCACAGACGAAAAGAAAAAAUCAGAAAAGUUAAAACCUGACAAAAAAAGUGACAGACCUAAUCAGCAAAUGAAAACCCUUAAAGAGAAGCAAGAGGAGGAACGUAUAGCAACAGAGCUAGCACUAAAACAAAAAAUCGAAGAAAGACAACAAUUUCUUAAAUGCUUCACAAUAGUUCCAAAUAUCUUUGUUGACCUACCACCACGGGGGAAAAGUUUCAUUGACGUCAUGUUCUCGCCUAACAGAAAAAUGGAUUUCGAAGAAAAAAUUUAUUUCGAAAUCCAGGAUUAUGUUGAGCCGUUAUGCGUCAUCAAGGGAUCCAGUGUUAGUCCAGAAUUCAUACUGGAUAAAAAUGAGCUGCUGUUUUUUGGAGUUAUUUCAGGAUGCACCACUAGUCAAAUAAUAUCAUUGAAAAACAUCGGAGACGUUAUGGGCAGCUUUACCUGGACAAAGGAAGAUCGUAAGAACUUCUUCACUAUAGAACCGAAGCAAGGGUUUGUGAUGCCUAACAACGAUAUUAAGAUCAAGAUAACAUUCUCACCAAAAGGAGAAAAAUGCGAAUACAAAGUUAAGGCUCAGUGUUGCAUUAAAGAAUUUAAAGACAGCAAACUCUGUUUGAUUCUUAAAGGAAACUCAGUAAGAAUACCGGAGCCAACUGCCACGAUACAACUAAAAUGUAACGUCCGAGAAAAAGUCGUGGAUCGCGAAUCUGUUGUCAUUUCAAAUCAUAGCGCGGAACAAAAGCUGCUUACAGCAGAGAUAUCUGACGAAGCAUUUUCAUGCCCAAAAGAGAUAAUUGCUAUGCCUUUUACUGGAACUAAUGUGGUGAUAACCUAUGCCCCUAAAUGGAUGACUUCUCCAGAAAAACCAAAUGAGGGUCGUCUGUUUAUCAAAAUGCCCGAUGGCAGUGGCCUAAUUUACAACCUAAUAGGCAUAGCAAAUCCCCCAACAAUAAAAGGAAAAUUUGAGAAAGAAAUCCAGUGCAAGAAACAGUUUUACCAGAUCAUCCCCAUCCAAAAUUGGCUUAAUAUUCGGCAAACUUUCCAUGUCGUUACAGAAAUGAUUUCUCCCGUAACCACCAAGUCUUUAUAUAAAGUAAUGGGAUUCAAAACGAUCGAACUAAACGCUCUGGAGUUGAAAAACUACAAGUGGGGAGUGUACGUUAUUAAUGAAGGGCAGAUUGAUUUUAGGGUGACAUUUAAAAACUUGCAAACUAAAGAGUAUGAGUAUUUCGAGGUCAAUUUAACGGUGCUUCCUAGUAAGCCAAUCGCUGCAAUUGAAUUUGUUACGAGGGUAAGAGAGCCACUUACCAAGCAGAUCACCUUGGAAAAUCCCGUGGAUGUGGCAAUAGUUUAUUUGUUAGACUGUUCUGCAAAAAAUGUUGUAGUGGCCAAAGUUGUUAAUAUGGAACCUUAUACAACAGCUAAAGUAGAUGUAACUUACGAGCCCUUAUAUGCGGAAAAUACAUCGACUGUGCUUGAAGCAAAAUGCGAAGAAUUAGGGACCUUUACGUUUUCUGUUAUUUUAAAAGCUAAAUCAGCCAGACCCGAAGAAAGAUUGACAGUUAUUUCUGAGUUGGGAACCACAACUUCUAAGUCUAUUUUAUACAAGAAUACUUUUGAUAAACCUGCUGAAUUUACUUAUAAGUUUGACGAUGAAAUUCAGUUUUUGAUGGAAAAAUGUCCGGUAGUUCCAGCAGGUGAAACUGCCAAAAUUGUGUUUAGUUUCGAUCCAUUUAAUCUUGGACCAACAAAAACGAACUUGCAUUUAUAUUCUUUAGUGGCUGGAGAAUAUUUGUAUCCUAUUGAAGCCGAAGGAACCCUUCCCACUCCCAAAGGUCCUUAUAUAGUAAGACCCUCUCAACACACCAUCAUUGAGUUUAAGAAUCCUUAUCUUAAUGACAAAGAGUUUAAUUAUUAUGUCGAACCUUCAGAGAUAUUUGAAUGUAUUUGUGCUGAAACCAAUAUAAAAUCAAGAAAAACAGAGAACUUUGAGAUCUAUGUGAGUUCUGGGAUCGAAAUAGAACUUGAUAGUACAAUAACAGGAAAACUUAUCAUUUAUCCGGCGGGCUCUCCCGAAUUACAAUGGAAGUACUAUUUAAAGCUCUUGCCCUAGUGUAAUAGCAGCUAGAGAACACAAAAUAUUUAAUUUUAUACAAGCUUAGGUGAUCAAAAAAUAUUUUCUAGUGUAAUAUUCUAUAUAUUUUUUUUUUGUUUUUUUUUUGUUAAUUUGAAUUAUUUUAUUAGAAUAAACGUCUUUUAUAGCCACA